AUGGAAUUCGCCUUCCGAAUCCGUGAUUUUUUAAACAAUGAAAUAGCGCAUUUGACGCCUGAUUUAUUGAACAAGCCUCCUUUUACUCACGGAAACGUGAAUACUACAUGGAACAACAUCCGGGAGUUGAUAGACACAAUGGGUGAAUAUUCAGCACAUGCGCAAAAUUUGCCCCAUGUUGUAACAAACUUCAAGAAAUUUUCUGCCUCAGAUCAUAAUUUGUAUGUACUAUCUGACGUGAAUUUGAACCGCGUUAUAGGCUUUCUGAAAACUGGAAAGAAGCGGCUUUUUAUGCAUGACAGUCAAGGUCUCUGCACAGAAGCUGAGCCACUGUGUGUUCUGGACUUUUAUAUUCAUGAAUCCUGUCAGAGAAAGGGUCAUGGAAAGAGGCUGUUUGACUACAUGCUGCAGGUUGAAAAUGUGGCACCCCCAAGUCUGGCAAUCGAUUCCCCAUCAAGGAAGAUGCUUCAUUUUCUCAGUCGACACUAUCAUUUGGACCGGCCAAUCUUUUCGUCCAAUAAUUUUGUCAUAUACCCUGGAUUCUUUUCUUUUUCCAACAAUAUCCGCAAAGUCUACCAAGAUUUUCGUACUGUUUAUUCAACAAACGAUAGAAAAACGGUUUUACCCUAUGGUGACCGUUCUUCGCCUCGGAAAUCACGUUCGAGCCAACUAGUCAGAACUGUUGACAACCGCGUACAACCGCAUCACUCCACACCACACACAGAAAUCACAGUCCGCUCAGCAAUGGAGCUGACAUCACCAUCACAGGCUAAAACUGAUUGGAAGCCAUCUUCACUCGCACACACAAAUGAACAGUCGAUAACAUCAACAAAUCCGAGGAACAAAACAUCUAAAAGUAUUGAUUCAGACUGCAAGAACCCGGAGAAAUCCUCAAAGGAUGAUGUGGAUAAAAAUCCUUCAGGUCAUUUCCCAUGCAUCGACACUAAAGCACGUGAAAAUUACUCAGUGAUCUCGAGCCAAGAACUGCGACUUUUACGGGGCUUGCCAGAUGGUCGCCGUACUUCACACGAAUACUCUUAUCUAAACGCCGUCCGAAAUCACAAUGGACAUCGAAAAUUAUGGUGAAGCUUUGCAUCAGGGAUCAGAAACUGCACUUCUCCCUCAAAGUCGACACCUGGACUACACGGAAGAUUUGAAUCUGAAGACGUGCCAACUUUCGUGACAAAGAAUGCCCACAUUUCAACUCACUGUUAUCAGCAAAAUUCACACGUGAUGUGUACAUAAUCAGGUUGAUUCCACUUGGUGGAAAAAAUGUCGCUAAUUCUAGUUCAGUUAGCUUCUCAUUGAUGAGAAGGAAAAAUAACCACAGUUUGUUCGAAAUGACGUCACUCUGUGAGCAUUUUGUUCAAAAUACUCAAAAUUCGGG